AUGGGUUAUCCAGUUCCUUUGAGAGUUGUUACCAAGAAAAUCUCACCAAAUGUUUUGACAGUAUCAUGUCCAUUUUCAAUUUUUGAUAAAUUGAAUGUUGGUGCAAGAAUGGUGAUUUUCCAUUUCCAAGGUGAUAUUAUCAUUUGGUCUCCAAUUCCUUACAACAAAGAAGUCUUUGAAAGUUCUAUUGCUAAAUUGACUAGUGAACCAUAUACAGUCAAGUAUAUAUUCGUCAUCAAUAUCGAGCAUAACUUAUCUGCUGAAUCAUACAGAGAAGCUUAUCCAGAUGUGAAAUUGAUUGGACCAGAGAAUACCCUGAGAUGUGCAAUUGAUUUCCCAUUAACUAAUGAAAAUGCUAUGAAAAUUAUCAAAAGCUCUGGUUGGGAUUCAUUAGGAAUCACUGAUGCAUCUAUUGUUGAUAACUUUGAGUUGAUUUACAAUUCGUACCACAAAAAUAGAGAAUUGGUGGUAUAUGAAAAAUCCACUAAAUCUAUCCUUUUGGCUGAUUUUAUCUUUAAUUUGGGUGUUCCGGGUACAACUAGUGGUGAACAUGUUUUGGAACAAUAUUCCCCAGAAUUGGGAUUCCCAAAAGGUUUUAAUCCUCAUGGAGGUUGGUCAUUCUUUUCCAGAUAUUUACAACCUGAAAGUAAAGUAGGAAGAUAUCUUAUGAAUAGAUUACAAAAGACUAAAAAUCAUCCAGAAAAGACAAAAGAAAUCAUUGCAUUGAUAAAUCAAUGGGAUUAUGAAAACAUAAUAAUGGUUCAUGGUGAUGUUAUUACCAAAGAUGCUAAGAAAACUCUCUCCAAUAUAUAUGUAUAA